AUGCCCGUCGUCGCAGGUCCACCCCAAGCUGGUCCCUCCACUUUUGACAAGAGUGAGUUCUGCAGACUUUCAUUGAAAUUGCUUUGGAUGAGAUUGGAAGAUUUCGCGCAUAGAUAUGCUAACCCACCUACAGUGAAGAUGGGCGCCAUGAUGGGUUCGACUGUUGGUGGUAUCAUGGGGUUCAUUAUCGGAACCGUGACGAUCUUCCAGUACGGUGCAGGCCCUAACGGUGUUAUGCGGACCCUGGGCAAGUUCAUGCUUGGAUCUGGAGCGACUUUCGGUCUCUUCAUGUCCAUCGGUAGCGUUAUCCGUACUGACGGACCUCACAACGAUGCCUGGCUCCGCGCUCGUGGCCCCCCGAUGAUGCUCCCCAGACAGAGCGCUUUCCGCCCCGUGCGCCAAUAAACGAGCCAUACAGCCGUUAGGGAUACGUGAUACGACCAACUAAACAAAACAUGUACGAUAUUAUUUAUACUUCGAGAUUUCGGUGGUUAUGAUAUGAGGGUAGCCAAGGCCGCACGGAUGGCUGUGGAGGAACAAGGGAGAAUCUCCGCACUAUGUACAUAUAGGAGCUUGAACUGGUGGCAAGGAGAUGUCGGUUGAACCAGCGAUAGUAUACCAUUUCGGCGUUACAACCAGGUUGAUGUUUGUUUGAUA